AUGCUUGGUGUCGGUCGAAGGACUGUGUUCAGGGUUAGGGAGGAAGUUAAAGCUCAGGAUUUUUCGGGUGGCAAACUGACGACGCCCUCGCGAAAGCGCCCACGCAAUGCGGAGAAGACAAGACGCAGCGCGAAGUUUGACAGCUUCACGUUGUGCGCGCUGAGGUCAAGUGUGCACGAUUUCUUUCUCCGCAACGAGAUACCGACGGUCGAGGAGAUAACUGCCGAGUUCUCGGAGCGUAUGGAACACCCACCACUAAGGCGUUGUACUGUGCGUCGCCUUCUUGCCGAGAUCGGCUUCAAGCAUGAAAAGAGAAGCCGCAACUCGCUGCUUAUCGACCGGGAUGACAUCACCGAUUGGCGGAAUCGCUACCUCCGGGACAUGGUGCGUUACCGGGCGGAAGGCCGAAAGAUCUUCUACCUGGACGAGACAUGGGUGACGUCGGGACACACUCGGUCGAUCGUGUGGACAGACACCGUGGUGCAGAAGCGCGGACGCCUGUUUGCUCGAGCAAAUGGCCUGACUACGGGCCUAAAACGACCUUCUGGGAAACGUCAGCGCCUGAUCGUGAGGCACUUCGGCAGCGAGGAUGGCUUCGUCGACGGUUGCUUGCAUGUAUUCCGAGGCCGAAAGACAGGCGACUACCACCAGGAAAUGGACGGCAAUUACUUUGAGGGCUGGUGCAAUGUCGUUCUGCAGAAGUUGCCAGCUGGUAGCGUCAUUGUUUUAGACAAUGCACCUUACCAUAGCCGGCGAGAAGAGAAACUGCCGACGACGGCCUGGAAGAAGGAAGAGAUACAGGAGUGGCUGACAAGCAAGAACAUCACCUACGGUAAAAGGAUUAUAAAGAAGCAGCUGCUUGAGCUGGUGGCAUCUGUAAAGUCACGCUUUCUGAGCUACACCGUAGACAACACAGCUGUAAGGGCCGGUUGCAUUGUACUCAGGCUCCCGCCGUACCGCUGCGAAUUUAAUCCCAUUGAGCUUGUGUGGGCCAAAAUCAAAAAAUGGCAUCGCUGCGGACAACAGAGACUUUAA